AAAAAUUGAUGGGUCAAGUCAAAAUGCAAAAUGAAAAUAUUGUAUUUCCUUCUUCGAAUUUUUUACCUCCUAUAUACAUUUGCUUUCAAAAUGAAAACCUCUGUCAAAACAUCCUUACAGUAAGGGGUAAGGGGAUAAGUACAUCAAUUAUUGAUUUUGUACAUAGCUUUUAUAGAUUCCAAUAUAUGUUCGCAAUCAACGUAAAAACAAUGUUAAUAUAAACAUUGUAAAUUGAUGUAACUUUAUCACCUUUUAACAGCAUAUACUAGCGUAUGUAAUAAGCUCAAUGUAAUUACUUGUACCUAUUUUGUUUUUAAAAGCACUUUCCUAACCUCAACCAGAAAAAAUGAUUCUUGCUAUCUUAACUUCAGUCACAAAAAUCUCUUAAAGGGCCACUGGAUUAUGGGGCUUGUCUUCCAUGGUACCAGUGAAUGGUCUCGAUGAUGAAUAGUUCAAACGGAAAUCAGAACAAUAUAGAUCAAAACGCCAUGGUUGUAGGUUCUCCUAGUGGAAUGUCUGGCGCUUCUGAUGAUGAUGACAAUUGUCCCUCUUCCCCUGGGUCUGGAUAUGAGGAAUCCUCAGAUCUUAUGGCGGCAGCCAUGGGAGAUGAAGUCACUGCACAAUUAGCUGCUGCAGGCCCAGUGGGUGUUGCUGCAGCAGCAGCUAUAGUUUCAUCAAAAAAGCGAAAACGGCCACAUUCAUUUGAGACAAAUCCUUCUAUUCGUAAAAGGCAACAAAACAGGUUAUUAAGAAAACUUCGACAAACCAUUGACGAAUUUGCAACCAGAGUUGGUCAGCAAGCAAUAGUAUUAGUAGCAACGCCAGGUAAACCAAAUACUAGUUAUAAAGUUUUCGGAGCUAAGCCUCUAGAAGAUGUAAUAAAGAAUCUUCGUGGAAUGAUAAUGGAUGAAUUAGAAAAUGCACUUGCACAUCAAGCUCCCCCUCCAAUUCAAGAAGAUCCAACACUCUUCGAAUUACCACCCCUCAUCAUAGAUGGCAUCCCAACUCCAGUUGAAAAGAUGACACAGGCUCAGUUAAGAGCUUUCAUUCCCUUGAUGUUGAAAUAUUCCACAGGUAGAGGAAAGCCUGGGUGGGGGAGGGAAUCCACAAGACCGCCAUGGUGGCCUAAAGAAUUACCAUGGGCUAAUGUUAGGAUGGACGCUCGUAGUGAAGAUGAAAAACAAAAGAUAUCCUGGACUCACGCCCUUCGACAAAUCGUGAUCAACUGCUACAAGUUCCAUGGUAGAGAAGAUCUCCUUCCCGCUUUUACAGAAGAGGACGAGAAGGCUAAUGCAGCUGCUACAGCGAAUGCAAAUUACACACCUACAGUACUGCAUACCAUUACCAACCCAGAUGGUACUGUCAGUAUUGUCCAAGUGGACCCCAACAAUCCAAUCAUCACGUUACCAGAUGGCACUACAGCACAUGUCCAAGGAAUGGCAACGUUACAGUCUGCACAGGGCGAAGGUGGUCAAGUUCACGCCAUCCAAACUAUCACGGAGGGUGGUGCUGCUGGUGAAGUUGUUGACCUCAAUUCUGUUACAGAAGCCACAUUAAAUUCUGAAGGGCAGAUUAUAUUAACUGCAGAAGACGGGCAUGUAAGCGGUGUUAUCACCGUACCAGUCACAGCUUCCAUGUAUCAAACCAUGGUGGCCAAUAUUCAACAUUUGCACACUAAUAGUGAUGGGACUGUGUGUGUGACACCUGUAGUACAAGUACCAAAAGCGCUGUAUCGUAUUGUCUCGAAGGAUAGAACAGGAACACUACAUUAUGAGGUUGAGCCAAACUCUGGGGACAACAUGGAUACUUUGACUGUCACCCCUAGUGGUAUAACCACCCAUUCAAUGAUGAUCCAAAGUUCUGGAGGUGAAGCCCCGCAAGUACUUCAAGUUCUAUCCCUGAAAGACGCAACGGUGUUAUCGAAAGCGAUGCAAGGUAUAGCUGACGUCAAGACGGAAGAAACAAUAAUCAGUGACCAAUAGAUUGUAAGAUACAUAAAGAAUAAUGGUUUAGUUAUGCUUUGAUAGUUCAUUGGAAAGAAUAUCUGAGUUAAUGUUUUUAAAUUAACGUAUAUAUACAUAUAUGUUUUUAUAAUAUGUGUAUAUAUAUUUACAUAUAAAUAUGUGGAAUGUACAGAAAAAGGUCUUUACACAUUAUGUUCAAAAAAAUUGUUGGAAUUAACCUCUAAAAAAUAUAGGGCUUUCUCUCCUUCAAUUAUACCUACUGUGUUGAUAUUGGAAAUCUUUCGCAUUAAUAUUUAUAAUAAAAAAAAAAUGUUAAAAACGAAUUUUACAACUAAAAUCCUUCAUUUUAUACUAAAAAUACGCCAAAUUAUGAUUAGCAGUAACAUUAAAAUAAAAUUGUUCUUUUAUUUAGGUAAGAAAGACUUGCAUUUAAUAAAUGUAUUGAUGGAUCGGAAUUUUUGCGACAUGCUCUAAAGGGAUGAGUUCCUUGAAUGUCAAAGUUAAGAAUUUUAAUUAUAUUUGUCCGUUUAAUAACGCACUAUUUAUCAGAAUUUACUUUAAAAUCAAAUGUUAUAUAAUUUUUAUGUUUAAUUUUGAGUAAAUAAAAUAACUGCCUACAUAAAAAUCGAAAUUAUCCAAUGAAGCUAACAUUUAAAUAUAGCCAAGCAUAUUUUCCAAAAACAGUAGGUAACAAUUUUUUCUUGUAUCAUACAAUUUUAGAAAGUCUUUCAGUAGUAUUUACUGUCUUGUUUUCUCAUUUUCUGCAUUAUUUAACAUUGAAACGCAUUUAUUUUAAUCAUAAAUUGACCGAGGGUUUGUAAAUAGUUCUUUUUUUAAUAAUCUUUGGAUACUGACGUGAAAAUUUUUUACUUAAGUACUAGGUGUGUUCUGAUGCCCCAUUAUUAAAAAAAAUGCAAACAAAAGCAACAGUAAACAAAUUAAAGCUCAGUAGAAAUAAAAAAUACAAUUGUGUUUAUUAUAAUGAAAAGAAACUAAUAAUUAAGUUUUUAUCAUCUUUGCUCACAGCACAGCGUCCAGUAUUUCAAUUGUGUCUGCUAUCUGGGCCUUCUUCUAUAAUCAGUUUUUUAUUUCUUCUUCUGCAUCUUAACGAUAUACUUUAUUGUCUUUUAAUUCUACUUACCAUUUUAACUAUUUUUUUGUAGAUUGCAUUUCCGUUUACUGAUGUAAUCAGAAAGCCCACGCGAUUUUAAAAUGUUUUAGCUUACCAAAAAUGUUGCACCAAUACGUGUUUUAUAGCUGUUUACACCUACAUUUCCUGACUACAACGAAUUUAUCACACUUUUUGGUAACUUUGCAUAUAAGACUACGUGGUAUAUAAAUACACUCUAGUAUCGAAAGGUUAAGAAAUUUUAUGAAUACUUUCAUAAAUAAAUUUGAUGAAUGUUAUAGAAUAGAUAACUAUUUUAUAACAAUAAUUCAUUUAACUUUAGUAAAUACAAGAAAUAAAUAUUGCAAAGUUCAACAAUAAAUGUAACUUACAUAUUUAGCCCUGAGUUAAUAUUCAUAACAAUCUAUAUUUCUGAUUUAAAUGUCUUUAAUUAUUAGUCAUUUCGCAUCGCUAGUCUUUAAGAAAUAAGUGAAACUUAAAAUGACAUUUUUAAUGGAAACAUGUCAGUUUAUGCUUGGAUUAUUUCUUAACGACUAGCAGUGAAAAUGGACCUUGUACAUAUAUACAAAAUUCUCUCAAUACUGACUUUUCCUGAUUUAUAAAUUAAAUGUAACGUUUAUGAUUACAAUUUUGUAAUAUUUUUUAUGUAUUACAUAGUUUCUUUAAAAUAUGUAUAGUUAUUCAAAACAUUUAAGACGUUAUCUCUUAUUAAAAGUUCUUCAUAUAAUUAUGUUUUAUUACUAAAAAUUCUGAUUUUUAAUUAAAAUAACAAGAUUUAGAUAAGAAGUGUGUUCUUCUGUGACUUAUGGCUUCCUAAAGAAAGGGAACGCGUAAAUGUGUAGUGGAUGGACGGCUUCUAUUUAUGAUAUUCCUUGAUCUUUCGAAUCUUGUUUUAUUCUGCAGUUAAUUUUCACUGGUCGUUAUCAACAUCGAAUUUGUGAAAAAUCAUGUUGCAUAAAUUCAGAGCACAAAAACAACUUUUGUAAUCGUGGAAAAUUGUUGCGCAAUAAUGCUAUCUGUUAAACUACAACCAUAAUAAGUAUUGAAAGGAAUACCAUAGUACAUUUUUGUUACAAAGCUUUGUACUAUUGGCUAAAGUAGCAUAUUUGAUUUUGUAUUGAAGAUUUCAUUUAUUAAUUCUUUUAUUGUCAAACAAAAGCAUUAAUAACAAAAAUAUAUACUAGAUCUCAAAACUAUUGUAGCUCCCUAUGUUCAACUAAUACCAAGUGCUCUUGCCAGUGAAAUAAUUUUUCUAAAUAUGUCUAUACAUAUAUCUUGAACCUUCUGUGGUGUUUAUUAUAAGUGUGUGUAUUUGGUCUACACAUUAUAAAUAACUGAUAAGAGCUAAAAGAAAAGUAAGUAAAUUUGGGAUUAUUUAGAAUUUCAUAAAAUGUACAAUAUAGCGAAACCAACCCAUAUUUGCAGUUUUAUUUAAAGAGGUAACGAAAUUUCGUUUCGUCAUAAUCAAAACUUUUCCUUAAAUAGAAUUUUUGGUUUUAUACAUAGCAGUAUUGAGGAAAUUGUGUAUUAAAUUGUUUGACAUUUAAAUAUUAUAUUUCCAUAAUGUGAUAAGAUCUUUAUUUGGCUAUAGAUGUAAAAAUAAAAUUGAAAUAAUAUUCACAAUAUAUUUGUUUAAGUUUUAUUGAAUUAUAACAAUUUUGUAAAUAUUUUAGCUCUUGUUUGUAUACUUUAAUCAAAUGGACCUCAUUAUUUAUAUACUUAUUUCUAAAAUUAAUUGGUAUUGCGAUUUUUGUUUUUUAUUCAGCGCCAAUUUUUGGUUACAACAGCUAAAAAUUAUUGUGCAAUAUUGUAUAUUUUCUUUAUUAAUUUUGGUUGUCAACUUUUCAGUUUUUUUUUUUUGUAAAUACAUUUCUAUAUUGUAACUUUUUUUUAUUAUUUCUACCACCUUAGACUAUACGCUUUAUGUUAUGUGUUAUAUAACUUAUGGGCAAAGAUAUCUUAACCAAUUUUUGUAAUUUAUAUUUUUCCACAAUUUUUAAACAUUUUAUUAUUCUGAUGAGAGUUAUAAAUUACUAUGAUUUAAAUAUAGAAAUGUAGUUUCUAUCAAUAAAUGUUAAAUGUAUGAGCAGUAUAUAUAAUGUAUACUUCCUAGUAUAAAUUUACUGACACGACUUUUGUGAAACACGAUUUUUCGAAAAUAAAUGUUUUGAUUUUCUACUAUUUUAUUUUAGUCGAGUUUCAAAAAAAAAAAUGUGGAGAAAUAUGUCUUCAACAAAUUUAUUUAUGAGAAUGCCUCUUAGCUGUAUUCAGUGUUCAUUUUACAUUAUAAAUAAUGCUUGGUGUUAAAGAAUUGUAAUGAUUUUUGUAAUAUUUGUCUAAUAGAAUUAAGUUAAAAUAUUAGGCAAAUUUUUAUAUUUAUUCAACUUGAAACAACCCUCUUUCACAACACGGAGAGGUGUAUUUUAGUAUAAAAUUCUAUGGAAUAUCUGGAUUUGAAUUUGAUUAAUGUGCUAUCAUUUUUUUUUUGUUGUGAAAGAAAAGGCUGAGAACUUAUAAACAAUUCUAAGUUUCGAUACAAUUAAAAAAUAUUUCUUCCUGUCAAAAUGGUCCCAUAUCAGUUUUAAUUUCUUUAUUGUUAGAAAACAGUAAAUAUUCGAUUUUUUUAUCACGAGAAAAAAUCAGGAGUAUAAGGCAGGUAGUCGAUUUCUGAAAUGUCAUCUCUCUGAGCUUGUUUCGACAUAUAGGCAAUAGUAUUUUCAGGUAUUCUCUUACCUCGAAGUAAUCUCAGAAAGUUCCAAAAUCUCUGUCUGAAUUUGUUUCUUUUAUUUGUUUAAUGACUUUCUUUUUAUGAUAUUAAACCUAUUGUUGUUGGUUAGAAGUAAACUUUAUUGCCACUUGUUGGCAAAAUGCGUUUUGCUUACUUCGAUCAAGUGUCACUGUUGCCAAAAGAUGUUUCUACUUAAAUGAAUCAAGUGGAGUUCACAAAAUGUGGAAUUAGUCAAUUCUGCAUAUACAUUUUUCUUGUUUUACUGGAAAUUUAUAUACUUCUGACUGUGGUUUUAUAUCUCAAGUUUAGUGUAUAAAAUUACUGCAUACUGUAGAUAAGUUUACUAAAAAGUUAUCAACACCAAUUCCGGUAAAAUUAAUAAUAUAUGUCGGUAUGCUCCAAACUACAUUUUCGUAAUUUUUAUGUUUUUUUUUAUGUUUCUUCGUGAUGUUUUUUUAGGACCAGGCGACAAUAAAAAUUAUAACUAGUUGGGGCUUUCAAUUUUCUAAUGAUUAACUAAUAUAAUUAAGGGUGGCAGCAAAAGUGUUAAUAAUAUCGAAUUAACAUCAGUGGAUUGCAAUAGUUUAUUCCAUAUUAAGGGUCAAUUAAUGUACAUAUACAUAGGAAUAAUUAUGGUACUUAUUACUCGUACUACUACUGUGUAUUAGGGUGAUUAAUUUCCGUAAAAAAAUGAUUUUUUCGGUGCUCAAGCAAAAUAUUAAUCUACACAGAAAAAAAAUUCUCACCAAGUUUAAGCUCUUAAUAUCAAUUUUAAGUACUUACCAUUUAAAAUGCAUGUAAAAAAAAAUGUGGGGAAUUUCACACUCUUGGAAAUUAUAUUCAUUAUUAGUGAGAAAUCAUAAUAAUUCUAAAAAAUUUCUUAGUGUAGAGAAAUAUAAUUGUAUUCAAUAGAAAAAAUUAAUCUAAAUUAUCAAUUUCUUACGUUUUCAGGUAUAAAAAUGGCUGUAAAUUCAUUAAAUAUUGGUCAGAUGACUUUUUUUAUGAGUCAGUCCUUUUUUUCUGCCUUCUUUUGGCGGUUUGCUCGAAAUAAUUGAAAAAAAUAUAUAUAUUUUUUUUUAAAACUACUUUGACGACUGGUGAACCAGGGCGAGUUACACAAAAACAACUCUGAAGCAAUUUCGAAGAGCAUGAAAUUCCCCACAAGGUCCAUCAAACCGAGUUGCAUUAUUGUAAAAGAUGGGUAAGCAUUAGAAAUUAAAAAAAAAAAAAUAACAUGCAUUUUAAAUUGCAAGUACUUAACAUUGAUAUUAAGAGCUCAAACUUGUUGAGAAUUUUUUUUUCUAUAUAUAGAUUAUUUUGCUUGUGCACCGAGAAAAAAAACAUUGUGGAAAUGAAUCACCCUACAGUGUGUAUUUAUUGUUACUAGUGAACAUCCUACGAUCUGAGAGGUAAGACUGGUUAUUCAAUAAUCAGCCUUCCAUGUGUAGCAUCUGAUAGUUUUUAACAACAUAAACUGGUACUUGAUAAACUUAUAAUCUAAAAGCUGGUACUAGUUCAAAGAUCAAGUAAAUUUUCUGUAUUCUGAGUUACCAUUUUCCAAUUUUCUUCCAUUUGGCUUCUUAUUUUUUCCUUCUUAUAUCACUUUCAAGUUCAUUUCAAUCUAGUGACAUUCCACAGUCACAGUAUAUCCUAAUUAUCUAAAUAAUUAAAGUUGUAAGUGGUAUUUCUGGUUGUCAUAAAUAUCUGCUCUAAAAAUAUUUCCAACUCAACAAAUUCAUUAAUUUCUUUUGUUUAUCCACCCAUUUACAUUAUUGUCUUAAAAUACUUUUGACCGUUUAUUUAUACAAAAUGGCUUAUAUUUUCAUGCAUAUUAAAAUGUGUUGAUUCUCGCCUAUUGGAUUUUUGUGUAAAUUUAAAAUAAUGUAAAAAAUGUACAGGGUAUGCGGUUUAAAUUUACAUUACAACAACAUAUAUUUAUAAAAUAUAUCAAAUACAAAUCUAGUAUAUUUAAUAUAUAUGUGUAAAAUAAAAAUGUGUAUGAAUUGUUAUUAAAAUAAUGGGAGAAUUUCACAUUUUUGAACCUGAUUGUGUUUAUACACUGUAAUUAUUUGACCUGCUAAGUGUGAAAUAGCAGUAAAUGUACCGAUUUUUAGAAAGAUAGUGGUUAAUUUAUUUAUAUUUUCUGUUUCUAAAACAAUUUUAUAACUUAAACGAUAGGUGUAAAACAUGCUUAAUAGGUAAAUUGAAAACA